CUCCCACAAUCAUCGCGUACACAUGGAAAGCCCAUCUCCGAGCAAAAGAAUCAUCAAGUAUACGUAUCUCGACAGGCAAAAGAAGAAGCGAGGCGGACAAGGACACUCCGAACUUUUCUCUGAAUCUGACAACGAGAUGCCUCUGGAAACGCAAUCGAACGCUAGUUCCCGUGUAAAUAAAGGGAAGAAGCCGGUGUCCUCGAUGAAGCCACCAAGCAGCAUUGCGACGAAGAAAUCCGAGUUCAAAGUGCCUUCCCCGAAGCAGAGCCGCGACGAUACUUUCAAGCCACCUAGUUCCUCUCACGCUCGGCAAUCCCCUGUUGGAUCUUUGAACCGUGUUACGAACGAUGAAGCCUCGCCGUCGACGAAUAGGAAACCUCCUUCGUCUGUCGGACGAUCUGCUAAGCCGCGCUCUUCUAUCAAACAACCUGUGGAACGAGAAGAAGAAGAAUCUGACGAGGACGACAAUGCUUCCGUCGCCGAAUCCUUCAUCAGCCUAAGCCGGGUUCGCAGAAAUGAAGCAGAGCGUACUGAAUAUUUCAAGAAUCAACCGGAAUGUCAGUUCAUCGAAGACGACUCGCACCAUGUCAAGUGUACAAGGUGCGGGAAAGUAGUGAACUUGGGGACUAAGAGACCGUUCACCGUUCGUCCUUGGGAGAAGCACCGAGAAAAGUGUGAUCAGCAGGUGCCAUCAUCGAUGUUGAACGAGGAAACUGGGCAGCCUGCUUCGCCCAGUGCAAGAUCAAAGUACAGAAAACCUAAAACUGAGGAAGAGAGGAAAGCGUUACUCGAAUCGGAUUUGCGCGCUCAAAUAGUUAAGGAGAACGAGACAUUAUGCAAGCGAUGUCAGAAGUGGAUCCGGUGCAGUAGCCAGACCUAUUCUCUGUUUGUCUGGAACAAGCAUCAGCUAAUCUGUUCUGAUACUUCGCCCAGCACUCGUGUGGCAACGGCUGCAGACAGAAUUCGCCUUGUCAAUGACCCCCAGGUAAAGGAUUGCGGGCCUCGACACGUCGAUUGUAAGUUUUGCGAAUCUACGAUACAGCUCGAGGGAGAUUACGAUCCAACGAACUGGAUAACGCACCAAACAACGUGUACCACCCCUCUACCGCCUCCUUCUGCUACGUCUGAAUCCACGUUGGUAGCACCGUCUGAUGGUAGUAGUGAAAUGCGAGGCGUUAAGCGCCCUUUGGAAGAAGCUGCGGACGAUGACACCCCACGAUUAAAUCGGCCUCGGAGGGCGAACUAUAGACCUGAGGACAAAGAAGCUCCAAGUGCACUGGGCUGGUUCCUCAUGCCUUUCAAGGCGUUUGCCCGCGGAUUCAAGGAGAGCAUCGACAACAUGAGGGCAUCUGGGUCUUAAUAAACGUAAUCACGCUUCAAUUAUCUUUACUUGUAUUCAUUCCUCGUAAAUUAUUGGUAUGAUAUCUUUCUUGAUGAGAAGAAUGAAGUUGGAUCUUUGGACGUAG